CAUGAAACUGUGCAAUGCGGAGAAAAUAAUUCAGUGUGAGAUCAUGCCUUUGAACACCUAGAAAUUAUAACUACAGCGAAGAUGCAUUCUGUGUCAGCAUGUGCCAGAGUUUCACAUUACAGGUACUGUCCUGAUUCACAAGAACAGCAGACAACUCAGACAGUUUGCAGUUGGUUGAUGGGGACUGUAGCAGGCCUAAGUGGGAUUAGAGCCAGGUUUUGACGAUGCUACUUGCCAGGAUCUGGAGCUGAUUUAAGGAUACACGUGUUUCUGCAAGCUACCACAGAGUAUUUGGGUAGAAAAAGAAGGAGAAGCUUAAUAAUCCACUGAAUUACAAACUUCUGCAACAUUAAGUAUUGGCUGCUAUUUAAGUGUUCUCAACAGGACUUGCAAUGUUAAGGAGUUAGGCAACAAUAAGUACACGUCUCUGGGCUUUCUAGAACAAAAAUCCAAGUUUUGUGACUAAUGCUUACUGUUUGUCUGUUAUUGAUGGCUAAAACUUAAUGAAGGCAGGAUUUGAAAUCUCCAACUACACUUGGUGAUUUAUGGGAAUACCUAAAAGCAAAAUAUCGUUAUUGGAUAUAUUUGGAGGAACAGACUGCACACAGAAUAUGUACAAAGCAAUUAGACUGGGUUAUUUGCUUGAAAAGUUUUAUUUACUAACAUGAUCCUGCUGAAGUUGGAACUGGAACAUAAGCUACUUUUUUGAAAUGGAUAUAGUUGUUUCAUUUGCAAUGAGGAAAUGUGCUGUCCUUCUGACACAUUCAGCCUGAGAGGAACAAGUACAUAAUUAUCAAUUAUCUUCAAAAUGUCUAACUGCUGCCCUGUUUUUCUGCUGGUGUUCUUACAGUUACUACAAGGUUAUGAGUACAAUGACUACGACACCAAACAAAGGGAGAUGCAUAUUGAUAUGAUUGAGAAGCUCCAAGCUGCAGGGAGCGUGGAAGAGCUACUUCAGAUCACAUACCCUGAGGACUGGAAGCUGUGGAAAUGCAGGUUAAAGCUGAAAAAGCUUGCUUACAUGGAUUCGAGAUCAUCUUCUCAUCGAUCAACUAGAUACGCUGCUGCUUUUCGUGACCUAGAGAUUCUUAGUGCUAUUGAAGAAGAAUGGGAAAAAACAAUGUGUAAGCCCAGAGAGACUUGUGUGAAUGUUGCCAAGGAGUUGGGAGUAAAUACAAAUACAUUCUUCAAACCUCCCUGUGUCUCCGUAUUUAGGUGUGGAGGCUGCUGUAAUGAAGAAAGUCUUGCCUGCAUAAACAUGUCCAUGAAUUAUGUCAGCAAAACGCUCUUUCAGAUAUCGGUACAUUUGAGUUACAUCCCAGAACCAGUGACAGUCAGUAUUGUAAACCAUACGAUGUGCAGAUGUUUAUCAGACAUGAGCAGACAUCCAAAGCCUGUUAUUCGACGAUCAGUCUUAUAUGAGGAUGAAUAUGAUAGUUGCAGCAAUCCUGAUAGAAACUGUGAUGAAGGUCUAGUCUGGGACAAUACACUCUGUGAGUGUGUACCACCUGAGGAAGCCUUUGAAUAUGUGACAAGCAAAGAACUCAAUUCCAUUGGCACAUUAGCACUUUGUGGCCCAUACCUGGACUUUGAUGAAGAUCUCUGUGACUGUGUGUGUAGAAGGAGCUGUCCAAGACAUCACUUGCUGAACCCAGAAAACUGUACUUGUGAGUGCAAAGAAAGUGCAGAGCGCUGCUCACAGAGACAUAAAUUAUUUAACCCAUAUCAAUGCAGAUGUUACUAAUUCUACUUGUUAGGCAGACUCUGCAACAGAGGACAUUUUCUCACUUAUGGCCACAUUCAUCUGCUUUCCUAAAGGACAGAGAAAAAUCAAGAACACCUGCUUAAACCAUUUACAUUCACUUUAAAGUGCAAAAGUAUGCAUCUAUUGUGUGAUUAAUCAACGUUUGCAGGAGUUUACCACAUCUCAGCUCUUCCCCCAAAGUAAAACUGAUUAAAAGUCAUCAUUUUGGCAUUCUUCUUCUGAUCCCUGAUUGCAUCAAGGUUCUGUCCUGAACACCUUACUCUUAUGUUUUCAUAACAGUGUAUCUGUUUGUAUACCAAGAAGUGAUAAACAGCAAUCUAUAAAAGGCAAUGUCUAUAAGUUUUCUUUGUCAGCUCAAUACACUUCAGAGAAAAUUUUUAAGCCAGCUAAUAAAGAUACAUAUUAAGUGGAAUAGCAAUGUCUGUAGCUUUUUUGCUGCAUCAAAGAUGUAUAUAACUGUGAACUCCUCAAACUGGAAGAAUAAAGGAUUUUUCAGUCAGUAUGAACAUUCAAUAUCUGAACUGGAACAAAUCAAAUAUGAAACUUGAGGACAAAAAAAAAAGACAGUGAGGAUCCAAGUAUCUAGAUCUUUUUGAGUAAUGAAUGCAAAACUAGAAGUUAGAAUAAUCCCAUUGGAAUUCCUAUGGUCAUUAAAAGAGGAAUUGCAGAGUUUUGUAGUUCACGAAUUCAAGUGCCCACACCAAAGGACAAUGUCAGCAUUGUAAUCAGAUUCAAGCAGUUGCGAGAAUAGAUAUAACAUCAGCCUGUUAUUUUCUGCAUUUGUAUUUGUUUUAAGUUCUGAAAAGAAAAAAAAUAAUGUUUCCUAUUUAGCAAAUGGUACACUUGCAGAUAUUUCUGUUUUGAUUGUAUCAGAAAAUGUGCCCAGUCUGUUGUAUUUUUCAUUUAGUUAUGUGAUAUAUGUACAUAGUACUACUAGUCAGAUGAGCACAAUAUUUUAUACAUUGCAUUCUAGGAUAGUUAUGGCUCAUUCUACUGCUCUUUGAAAAAUUGAAGGAUUGCAACAUUUUUUUAUUAGCUUAGGGUUUUCAGAUACCAAACAUUGCUAGUACAUUUCUUGGGAAAUCAUAAUGGCUGAAUCAGUGUCUGUUUCAUUUUUAUCUUCUAGGAUGUGGGAGAUAAAGGCUGUACUGCUUGACCCUGCUAACACUAGGGUUACCAUGUCUUUGAGACAAACCUGAGAUAGUGAUACUGUCCUGCAGAAUGCUGAGAGACGGGGACUGCAUUUGUGAAAUAAAUGUUUUUCUAUGUGACAAAUUCAAAGAUCUGUUUUGUUUGGUGAUAAUUCCAUAAAAUGGUACUGAUUUUGCAGCACAAAUAUUAUUACUAAGACAUUGUUAAUGUAAUCUGAAUACAUAAUGCAGUCCUGCUUUCAAGUUAACAUUAGUCAAGACCAUUUAAUUUAUGCAGUUAUCAAAUGACAUAGCACUAUUGUCCCCAUAUCCACUGACAUGCUUUGUAAACUGAUUAUCUGAAA